GCAGGAUAUACCUAUUGUGGAUCUUGUGCAGCCCAUGCUUACAAACAAGUGGAUCCUAACAUUACUCCUGUGGCAGGAGACCCUUAACAUCUAAUCAAGAGCCAGGAACUGCGGACUUGAUGAAAUAACAUCAUGACGAUGUGUGAAAGCUCACCGUUAUCAGCUAAAGCUACAAACGGGUGCCUGUCCAAGUCCAUGUUGUUGAUGGAAUAGCUGGAUAAAAACAGCAUGUGAUAAUGACUUAAAUUUGAAUUUGGUGAAAUCUGAACCGAAAAAUUUUCAUUCUUGGGCCUUCCCAUCACGUGCCCCUUUCCCGAUGUGCACUUUCCAGUGUGGACAUUUAUAGAACACCUCUGUAUGAUCUCCGAAUUGACCAAAAGAUUUAUGGAGAAUUGUGGAAGACUGGAAUGUUUGAACGUAUGUCCCUACAGACAGAUGAAGAUGAACACAGUAUUGAAAUGCAUUUGCCUUAUACUGCUAAAGCCAUGGAAAGCCAUAAGGAUGAGUUUACUAUUAUUCCUGUGUUGGUCGGAGCACUGAGUGAGUCAAAAGAGCAGGAAUUUGGAAAACUCUUCAGUAAAUACCUAGCUGAUCCUAGUAACCUCUUUGUGGUUUCUUCUGACUUUUGCCAUUGGGGUCAGAGGUUCCGUUACAGUUACUAUGAUGAAUCCCAAGGAGAAAUUUAUAGAUCCAUUGAGCACCUAGAUAAAAUGGGUAUGAGCAUUAUAGAGCAGCUAGAUCCUGUAUCUUUUAGCAAUUACUUGAAGAAAUACCAUAAUACAAUAUGUGGAAGACAUCCUAUUGGCGUAUUAUUAAACGCUAUCAACGAGCUCCAGAAGAAUGGAAUGAAUAUGAGCUUUUCAUUUUUGAAUUAUGCUCAGUCAAGCCAGUGUCGAAACUGGCAAGACAGCUCAGUGAGUUACGCAGCUGGAGCGCUUAUGGUCCACCGAACCGCUGAAUGCUCAGGGAUGGCACCUGCACACACUCUGUAUACGGGGUCCCAGCCUAGCCCUUACAAAGAUACAGUCCCUGGUCUUUGGGUAUACUGAAACCUCAAACUAAUAGAACUCUUCUUUUCUAGUAGGUGUAGUCCUUCCUUAGUUUCAACUCAUUUAAAAAUGCUUUCUUGUUUAGGACAAUGGAAGGAAGGCUGGUAUCGAAACAUUUUGUGAUUUUUUUUUUUUUUUAAAUUUUUUUUUUUGAUUUUUUUUUUUUUUUUUGGUUCUUUUUUUGGAAAAGAUAAAAGGCUAUGAAGGUAUGGUGGCAGACAGUCCUUACAAAUACAACAUGUAAAGCAUUUACCAUAUCCUAAAUUUGCACUCUUUGCAGACCUGUGCACAUGUACUCAGCUUUCAGAAUAGUUUUGCAAGUUGUAAACAGAAAAAGGAGUGGAAGCUUUUUAAUAAAAGAAAAAAAAAAAAAGGAAAACAACGCAUUUAUAAAUGAUCCUGUAUUAGAAUAUAAUAAAACUCCAGUAUAGUCAGUUACUACCCGUGAUGUACAACAGAUAUCUUCUAUUUUAGUUGCUAAUAAAGGGCUACACAAACCAAAAUAGUCUGAUUUAAACUUAUUGCUUUGUGUUCUGUAUGUGGCUGCUUGUCAUUAACAUCCUUUAUCCUCAGUUCUUAUACUCAAUAAUUCAGCCAUUUUGUAAAAUACUUUAGAAUGUAUUUUAUAUUCAACAUUUGUUAUGACUACUUAAUUUACAGAUUAUUUUUUUUUAAUCUUAAACCGGCACCAUGAGUUCAGCUGUGCAAAAGAAUUUUAAAAACCUUUUGUAUAUUCUAAUUAUUUUUGGUUUACAUUUACCUAUAAAGUAGUAUCUUUUAGUAUGUGGUACAGAUUUAUAUCAGAAAUACUUUUAAUGAUUUUUAUGCUGUUUGAUUAUUAAAGUGAAAUGGAUGCAGUAUUUUUAUUUGAAGUGACUUAAAAUUGAAAACAAACGGUAGCUUGAAAAUGGGAACUCGUAGAGUGUUCAUAGGCCACAGAAGCCAUACAGUGCUAAGCUCAAGCAAUUACUCCUCAAGGAUUUAAUUGGGAGGGGAAGAUAAGACUUCUCUUAUUUUUAUUUUUUAUUCUUUGACUGUGGGUAGGAUUGUUUCAUGUUCUUUAAACAUCAUCACAUCUUGGGAGUUCUUGAAUUUUCUUCCAGCCAAAAUAAUGGUGUAAUGAUUUGAGUUGUUAUCAUUCCUGAAGACUUCCUUUUGUUCUGAUAAGAAAUGCAAAGUAGGAUGGCAGUACUGGCUCAUUAUCUAAAUGGAGAUUUCAUUCCCUGGUAUUUCACCUACUGUCAGGCAACCUCCUGGUACAUUCAGCUUUUCUGGGUGGCAGAGGGGAAUUUCAGAAUUCAAUUUGGAUUAUCUUUGAAAGUUGUGGGAAUUGCUGCAUGCAAAGUCUUUACCUGAAAGUGCACCAAACAUUUUGAUUUUUCUAUUAAAGUAGCCUUUUGCAAACAGGCACUGCUUGCACCACUUCUAUUUUCCCUGUCAGAGUUGGCCACCGUUUCAAUAACAACAGGUGAAUGCUCCAUUUACAAAAUGAACUACUUUGCAAAUCCUCAGAAUCCAUCCCAAAAGCUAAACUCCUUUGCAUGUCCGUUCUUUUAGUUGCCUUAUUGCUCUGCCUUGUUCUUGACAAGUCUCAGCAGCAGACGGGGAACACAGCUUUUGACAGACCAGCAGGAAGGCUGUGCAGGCAAAACUGAACUGGUAGCCAGUCUUUAUAAAUACUUGACUGUGCCUUAUCAAAAAAAGUAGUUUGAUCAUGAAGAUUAAUUUUUUUUUUCUUUAAUCUUGGGUGAAUACAAGUUUAAUUAGGACUCCGGUUUCUUUCAGUCUUAUGCCAAAUGCUUAAUGUUGUCAUUGAAAUACAUG